AUGAGUGACCAAUCUAAUCAUUCGCUCAAUUUCGAGAACACGAAUGCGUCCACCGAACCAGUGGGGCAAGAAAGCCAAUCCACCCAGGUCUUGGAUCAGCUCCAACCCAAUGAACAAUCCAAUGCCCCCGAUGCCCUUGGUGAUCCCGAGCCGCAGGCCCAGCAGAAUACAAUAAACCAAGAUCCAACUGGCAAUACGGUGUGUGGCCAGAAUGUCGCUGGGGUCAUAGUCCGUACCGCGUUAAUCCAGAUGAUACAGACCCAAUUAUCACCGCUCAAGCGCUCUCUUUAUGGAAUCCUGCUUGAUUGA